AUGGCGGCUCUCAACAUCAGAUACAGCCAUCCCUCACCCAACCAGGGCUGGAAUUGUUUUUGCUCACGGCUCACAGCUCACGGCUCACGCUCAAUCACUCGUGCUGGAGUGAAGAUGUUUCCGGCAGAAGAGAUAAACACGCCCGCUCCUAUUCCAGACCGCUACAAGUCAGCGAUCAGAGUUGGUGAUGUCAAUGAACCGUUCAAGAUUCCGAAAAGCCUUCAAGGCUUGGUCAAGGCCACCCGAAAGAAAUUUCCCACCAUUGAUCUAGGGCAAGGAACAAAUGUUGGUAAGAAAAGGAAGGAGGUUGAGCAGCAGGGACCUCUUGAAAAUGAAAGUGGAGAUGAGUGA